UCUAAUUUCAGCAAGAAUACUUCCUCAGAAUCCGACUCGCCGUGCAAUUUAUCGCGAUAUCUCAAAAAUAUAGAAAGUCUACAUCUUACCUUAGUCAAGACCAAACGAUCCGCACAUAAGCAGAAUCACAAAUCCGAUCUCCCCGCAUUCUCCUGAUCAUGACCUCACCACAAGGCAAUUCCCUCGACGACAUCUUCGGCUCGUCCCCACCCCACGAGAACGAAAAAAUCUCCCAACAACCACCAACCCAAGCUGCCGAGCCUUCAGACCUACCCUCUCUCCGCCGUCAACACGUCACAGCCGGCUACCGCGAUGGCGUCUCCGCCGCAAAAGGCGAACACGUCCAGCACGGCUUCGACGCCGGCUUCCCAGUCGGCGCACAGCUAGGCAUGAGAGCAGGGACGGUGAUCGGGAUCAUCGAAGGCUUACUGCGCGGCUUUGAGAGUCGCACUACGUCCAGAGCAGUAAAGAAACCGCUUCAGGGCAAGGAAAAAGCGCAGGGGACCGAGGCAGACGAAGCAGACGCAGCGCGGCAGGCGAAGAGGGAGCAGCUGCUCAGAUUGUACCAGAAGGCCGUGAAGGAGCUGGAAGUCCGGUCCGUAUUUGCCGGGAGCGAGGAGGAGAGCAUGCGAGACAACGAGGGGCAGGAGAAACCGGAGGUUGUCCUGCGUCGGAAAGGAGACGCCGUCAUUUCACAGUGGGAGGACCAGGUCAGGGUGGCGCAUUGGGAGGAGAAUAUGGCCGCCCUGGAGCCAAACGAGGACGAGCAGGGCGCGCUGACACCUACCGAGCAGAUAUGAGGUUGCUGCUGUUGUUAUUAUUCAACUCGACGCCCAUUUCCAUCACUUACUGUGGACCGGACCAGGCUCUUGCGUGCUGCUGCAGGCUCCGUGCUAUCCACGGUUUCGCACACACCGAGCUACCGGCGACGCAGCACCUGCUGUGAUCGACCCUGCAGCGAUGGCGGCUGCAAAGCCUGCAGCCUGCAGAUCCAGUGUCCCUAGAGAACUGAAACCGAUCGACCGGUCCGCAUCGGCAGCGCAAGGCUUUUUAUGAGUAUUGCAGCGGAUGUCCAUUCCAAUGCAUAAGCAGGUGGGAUCUCAGCACUAUUCCCGCCCCCAUGAAGGAACGUGGAGCAGCGACGCUUGAGAUCAGUCAGACGCACACGCUAAGCUAAGCUCGUGAGAGACAGUCACAUAGAGAAGCUAGACUAUUACUCCG